CAAUCUCAAAAGCACAGAGUUACAACUGGCCAGGCACAGACAGUCUCAUUAUAUGCACCUUAAUUGAGAGACGAUUUACACAUUCGCAAAUUUCUCCAUACGUCAAUAGUUAAAAAAGUGCAUUCCUGAAUGCGAUAGUCCAUCCAGUAUUAGUCGAUAGUCUGUAGUGAAUCAGGGUUCUCAAUUGGAACUAAUAGGCUAUAGAAAAAUUCCAAAAUUUUAAAGUGAUUUGAUCAAAAGUGCAUCAGGAAUCCCAAGGAUUCUCUUUAUUUUUUGUGUCAAGUGGCCCUUAAACCUCCGCCACCAUGUUUGAUGUGUUUGGAUCAGUCAAGUCUCUUAUGAAACUUGACUCGGUCUGCAUCGACAACAAUGUGUUUAGACUUCACUAUAAACUGACGGUGGUCGUCCUGGUAGCUUUCUCCCUCCUCGUCACCUCUCGACAGUACAUUGGUGACCCCAUCGACUGCAUCGUAGAUUCCUCGGUGGGAGGCGACAUUAUGGACACCUACUGUUGGAUCCACUCCACCUACACAAUUCCCAGCAAACUCGGCGAAAAAAUCGGAGUAGCCGUUCCUCAUCCUGGAGUAGCUGGACUUACGAGUAAAACUGAUGAAGUUCGUUACCACAAAUACUACCAGUGGGUGUGCUUUGUCCUGUUCUUCCAAGCGAUGCUCUUCUAUGUCCCUCGUUAUUUAUGGAAGACGUGGGAAGGGGGUAGGAUGAAGAUGUUAGUAAUGGAUCUCAAUUGUCCCAUUGUUGACGAAGACAACAAGUGCGGACGAAAGAAGUUGAUUUUGGACUACUUCAUCUCAAACAUCAAAAACCAUAAUUUCUACGCCUUCCGGUUCUUCUUUUGUGAAGUGUUAAACUUCAUAAAUGUCGUUGGCCAAAUUUUUUUUAUGGACAUGUUCCUGGGGUACGAGUUCACCACGUAUGGCAGCCAAGUCCUUGCUUUCACUGAGAAGGACCCCCUCAACAGAGAAGACCCCAUGGCCAAGGUGUUCCCCAAAGUCACCAAAUGCACAUUCAACAAAUAUGGUCCCGGAGGGAAUAUCAUACCCUAUGAUGGGUUGUGCGUACUACCUUUGAACAUCGUGAACGAGAAGAUCUACGUCUUCCUCUGGUUCUGGUUUAUCAUUGUUGCUGCAAUUUCUGGAGUGUCUCUCAUAUAUCGGCUGCUGACCGUGUUUGGACCACAGGUACGAAUGUAUUUGCUCCGCGCAAAGUCUCGACUCUCAGAACCUCGUCAGAUUGAUGUCAUUGCCCAGAAAUGCCAGAUUGGAGACUGGUUUGUACUUUACCAAUUAGGGAAGAAUAUGGAUCCCUUAAUUUACCGUGAACUUAUUCAAGACCUCGCCCAACGUCUACAAGGGCGUGACACGGUCUAAAAAGAUAAAGUGCGUAGUGAGCAAACGUUUAAAGCAAUCAUCAUCACCAUCAUGCAUUCAUUUCUCAUGUGCCGCGUGCUUUUUCAUCCCUGCCAAAAAACUUAUUAUCUAUUCUCUCAUGGACAUCUUGACCAUGGUUAAAAUUUCAUUCCAGACUAAACAAAUUUUAUAAUUUUAAACUUUUCCCCUUCCCGACCUGUGGUUUUCCACAACAAAAUAGCCAAGCCCCAUUGAUAUCAUGUUCCGCAUUUUCUAUUUAUGUACACACAAAAGUUUUGUCUUUUCAUGAGUCUCUCUCAUGAUGAAAUUCGUCUCCUCUCCGCAGUCUUCUCGAUUACAAACUGAGUCUGAGAACGUUUUGAUAAGAACCACAGUGUGCAGUAGAAUUGACUAUUUACAGUGCCUUUAACGUAAAUAUUGGACUGGACAAUGACAAAUAUUAUCAUCGACAGCUAUGUAGCUACUACACACUUAACUACUUUUGGACAUUGCAGCUCGAUCGUGUUCAAUAACUCGAAUAAUAAUAAUAAAUAUUAAUUACUCCACAUCACGCAUAUAUUCCAAGCAUGUAGUCGUAUUUUUAUAAAAGCGUCGCUUUUUAUGUAAACGGCAUUCGUAGAAGGGACCAAUUAAUAAUAAUUUAGUAAAAUGCAAAAAAAUGUGACAACUUGGACUGGGGAAAUCUGAAACUUGUAGGUUUAUUGUGCAUUUAUAUUAUGAUGGCAUUUGACAUUUAACGAUACGAUAGAUGGUAGUUUUAGUCAAGGAGAUACUCCAAAUCAUAUUGCUGUGUUUCAUACAAUAAUAAUAAUUAUUAUAAUUAGCUAAACCUUGUUACUUAUUAAAUAUGUCGUCGUUGUUUGUUGAGUUAUUAUUUCAUUUCUAGCGCAUGCCUAGAAAUAAGGUUAAUCGUGAAGUUUUGUGUAUUUAAGUGGUUUUCAAGUAGUGUAGCAGUCGGUGGCUUGGGCUUGGUGUGUGGUAUGCAAAUGAAACCAUUAUUUAUGAGUAACCUGUUAAAGAUAUUACGAAAAUUGCUGCCUGAAUAGAAGUCUGGAUUUAAAUAGAGUGAUUUUCCUUGUUGAAGUAAAAGAUUCGAUUAUAUUGAGUUUCAGCUACACAUUAUAUAAAUUACAUCGUUGUUGCAAUAGUUGUACAUUAUAAAGUAUUUUGUUAAACAUCAUGUGAAAGGUGUUGAAUACAAUAAAAUCAAAAAGUUACUUUCUACAUACACCCAA